AUGUUUCCAACAGCGGCGAGGCUUUCAAAAGCGUCCAGGGCGCCUUUAACACCAAAAAGAGGCAACAAGGACUAUUACAAAGGAACAAGACAGGCAUUUCUUCCUGGUGGACCGCGUACGGGUGCCCCAGGUAAACAUGUCAUUCGCGGAAGGGCGAAAUACCGGUUACUAGACAGCAAAGUUCGUGUCUACGUCGCACCACCGAUAGAGGAGAUCGAGUCCAGUCUACUCAAACCCUACGUGGCGAUGGACGCAAGACUGAGAAAUGACCAGAAACUUGCUGUCUGGGGGAAAUACCACGGCACGGGCGGUCUGACACCAGAACACUUCCUCCGCGUAGCCCGCGAGCACACGUAUGCGCGACUGAACCAGGAAAACCCGACCAUGUACCCUGGCUACAACCCAUCGUGGAUGAACGCACGAUUAAAGCUGAACAUCAUGGGAGACCCGUCGGCGAAGGGAAUUGCUGUUAGAGGGGCGCAACCGAUUGGAGGGGCGGCGAACAAGAGUAGUGGCUUGAGAGAGUUGGAAGUUGUAGAAUCCAAGUCUUCGUGA